AUGGUUGAUAAAGCUGCACAUAAAGGGUGUUUUGGGGUAAAAACCGAGAAGUCUGACCAGGGUCGAGUGAUACUGAAAUGCCAACAAGCUGAUCGUGGGUGUCCAUGGUAUUUACAUGCUGCCAGAAUUAAGGAAUCCACAUAUUUCAGUGUCAGAGUAUAUAGGAGUGUUCAUACCUGCUCCAGGGUUGUCGCGAGUACAAGUCGGAAGAGAAGAAAAGGUACUCCACAAGUAGUUGCAUCCGUCUUGCGUGAUGCAUAUCCAGGUCAGAUUGACACCCCCGCGCCCAAAAGUAUUAUCAAUGUUGUUCAGGUAGAAGCUGGAAUAAAUGUGUCUUACUCUACUGCAUUGAGAGGCAAAAAGCUAGCUGUUAGUGAAGUGAGAGGGAGUCCUGUAGAAAGUUUUAGGAAAUUGUGUUCUUAUCUAUACGUGUUAGAGAGGGUAAAUCCUGGUACAGUUACAUGCGUGAAGGUGGAUGCUGAAAAUAAGUUCAAAUAUCUAUUCAUUGCUUUGGGUGCUUGUAUAGAAGGUUUUAGAGCAAUGAGAAAAGUCAUAGUCAUGGAUGCAACAUUUCUGAAAAAUAUAUAUGGUGGUAUGCUUGUAUUUGCUACAGCUCAAGACCCUAAUCAUCAUCAUUACCCCAUUGCAAUGGGUGUAAUUGAUAGGGAGAAAGAUGGAAGUUGGAAUUGGUUUUUAGAAACACUGAAAACUGUCAUACCAGAUGAUGAAGAGCUGGUUUUUAUGAGCGAUAGGCAUAAGAGCAUUUUGAAAGCAGUUCAUGAGGUGUAUCCUAAGUCUCAGCACGGACAUUGCGUGUGGCAUUUGUCGCAGAACGUGAGAGGUAAAGCUGCUGUUGGUUUUAAAGAUAUUUGUGCUGCGAGAUUUAGAGAUUGUGCUCAUAUGUAUACCGAGUAUGACUUCAUCAGCGCAUACACCGAUUUUGGGAGGAGGUUUCCUAAAGCCGCCGAGUAUCUUGCUGCUGUUCCUGUGGAAAAAUGGGCUAGGUGUUAUUUUAAAGGAGACAAGUACAAUUUGGACACCAGUAAUGCUUGUGAGUCGAUGAAUAGUGUAUUCAAGAGGGCAAGGAAGUACUCUCUACUGCCUUUGAUUGAUGCAUAUGUUGAAAAAUUAUCUGAGUGGUUCAAUAAGCAUAGAAAAGACACUGUUUCUGCAACAAGCUUAGGAAAACAGUUGGUGCCGUAUGUGGAAAAUGAAUUACAUACACGUUGUGCAGUUGCAACUCACCUACUAGUAACUGAGCUGAACGGCAGUGAACUCGAAUACAGUGUCACUGGAGUUGAUGGGAAGAGAUAUCAGGUUGAUUUGUUAAGGAGAAAUUGUAGUUGCAGAUGUUUUGAUAUUGACAAGAUUCCUUGCGUGCAUGCUAUAGCAGCGACCAUGGCCCUAAUGCGCCAAGAAAGGAGAUCUGUGGAUAUAGAACUCUCUGAUCUGUGCUCGGAAUACUGCUUGACAAAGGCUUGGUCAUUGGCUUAUAGCAGAACCAUAUAUCUGGUUCCACACGAGUCUAGUUGGGAUGUUCCAGAGAACAUAAGACAGUCAAUUGUGCACCCACCAGACUACAUCAAAAAGCGUGGAAGAAAGCAAGACAAGCGAUUUCCCUCCACCGGAGAACCUCGCCGAAAGCGUGCAAACAACAGGUCUAACCCAGGAAUUAACUUGGGACGGUGA